UUCGAGAAAGACUUACCCCAUCCUCUCAACAAUUAAAUUAUUUAAACAUGACACUGUCAUAAGCACCAACAGCAAACUAACUAAGCAACCAACUCUGCCAUUUAUUUCUUUGUCUCCUUUCUCUCCCAAAGCAAAACAAGAAGGAAAAGGAAAGGGGCAUUUCCCCAUUUUUCUUUUGCCCAAUUCAUCUUCCCUGUUGGUGGUUGCACCUUUGCAGUUUGUUAAACCACCAAAAGCUUGAAAAAAACACAAGGCAAAACUGGAUCUCUGUUGCCCUUUGGUUGAGGUGGUAACACGAAAAUGUUUGAUUUGCCAUAUGGCAGCAAAGGGAAUUUGGGACCAAGCCACGGGUUAAUAAUUGCCCUUCUGCUACUCAUGCUGCUGUGCGGUUUUGGUUUGUCUCUAUCAGUUUGGCUUGGAUCAACCAUCUCUUUCUGAUGGGUGAAAAAGAAAGCACAUUUUUCAUCGUGGACGGUGAAUCAAAAGCUAAUAAAGGGUAGAAAAGGACUUUUGCCGUCAAUGUUGCUCUCGUGGUUGACUAUGUACCCAAUAAGUAAUAAAUUUCAAUAAUUUAUAAGUAGAUUCAUCUCAAAAUAACAUUCGAAAUGAUAAAUGAGAUUAGAAGGUCCCAAUAACCUGUUUAUUGAGACCUUCUUUCUUCAUCUAGCUCAAGCUUACAACUUUGGAACAAAAUAAUUGCUUUGGGCCCCCAAAAAAUAGAGCCGUUGGUAAAGCUGGGUUUUCUGGCCCAUUUUUUGUGGCGUGGCCUGUGGGAGAUCUGACUUCUCAAUUAUUACGGGUUGAUUUAGUAGGACAAGAACAAAUUUCUGAUUCUGAGAGAUGUACUUGGGCCGGGCCCAUUCGCCAAUUGCUUUUCCAGCUUUGUCUUUUGGAGUAAGCGGGUACAACUGCAAUAAGGUCUCCAUAAGUGUUUCCUCGUAGGAACGCCCGCGAAUCUGAUCAAUCACCCUUCGCGCUUUGUGACCAAGAGGCCCAAUUUGAGCCCACCGAAUCUGAAACGAUCGAUAUUGAGGUGUCCAUUUACGUCCUCUCAAUCCAUUCCCUCUUUAGACCUAUUUGUUGGCAGAUUGUUGGUUGAUCUUGAUCAUCAUUCAUCACUUACCCCUGUGAUUAGGGAUUUCAAUUGUAGUUAUUCUACUAAAAUCCCCUUUAUGUGGUUCAUAUACUGUUUCAUACAACCACCCAAUACAAAUUUACACUAACACAUACAUUUUUUUUCUCACAGAUUUCUUCGAUUAUCAUUAUAUAAUUUAUGAAGUUACAACAAACGUGUUUUGAAAAAAAAAUUAAACACAAGCAAAUAGUGAAUGGUUUUCGUGUGAAAUGAACACACUUCCCUUGUUCACUGUUAUAAAAUUGAAAAUUAAGACCAUUUUGAGAUGAAUCAGGUGAUCAAAAUGAUGAUUAUGCGUUCAUAUUAUUAUUAUUAUUAUUAUUAUUGAGUAUAAUUAUUAGAGGCAAGAAGAUAAACAUAUGAUAUCAAAACAGGGACCAAUAAUUAGCUUCUUCAUCUACAGUUAAUCAUCCAUCAUAUAUCUAUCAUUAUCAAUUUGUAUCUUACUGAAACCAAAAGCUUGGCUAGAAGAUGAUGGCAGAAAGUGUUUAUCUUUUCGGUGGUAGCUAGCUAGGUAGCCCAAUAAUGGUUAGGAGCACUAAUCCAAUAAUAUCAAGUUUGUGUGUUUGGGAUGAGAUGCAUGACGGUGUGACAAUAAUAUUAAACGAAUUAUAAUUGGUUUUUGUGUUCUUAAAAUUGGGGUAUGGAGGAACAUUCCCUAUUGCCUUGAGUCCAAUAAAUUAGAGAAAUUAAAGCAAAUAUACAUGUGCAAAGAGCCAAAGAGACAUGAAUUGCUUGUGUCCAUAUUGCCAUCUAUACUUGGUCAAAUUGUGACCAAAACUUUUUUUUUUAUUUCUUGUUUUGGUUUGCAGUACAAAGAACAUUAUUCAUUACCAAAAUCUAGGGCAACCUUUAGGCCAAAUCUUUUAGACGGCUGCAUAUAUUCUUCCCUUUUUCCUUCUCCUUUUGGUUUGUGGCUAGAUGAAAAGAAUUAUGCUCUAAGGUUCUAGAGAGAGAUUCGUCUUUGGUAUAAGAUUAUGCUUCGUGGCUCUUUCACAAUUCACAUCAUUGUUAAGCACGAUUUGCGUCGAGUCUCAUUUGAUUUUUAAUUCUACCAAUGAGAAACAUGCCAUAUCAUCAUGUAUCUACUUAAUGAAUCGGUACCAUGGUCAAUAAGACAUAGAGUACAAGACCACUCGCGUCAUGAAGUGAUAUCAAAUUAAUCAAAAUAAUGAAUCUCAAUGGUCUAUCAACAAUUUAAAUGCACCUAUAUAGACAAUAAAAACUAAAAAUUCUACGAUUGGUACAACUCAACUCUAAUUGAUCAAUGCCUUAGUAUAAUAACUUGAAGAUCUUAACAUGUUAUUGUCAUUCCAAAUAUCCUCCAUUAAUAUAUAGUAGAGUUUUGUAAACUUUUCUCCAUUUCAAAUUUCCUGCAAUGAGAGUGAAAGUAGGAAGGACAAUUUUGUCUUUACAAUUAAUUAUUUAUUUCAUAAAAAUAUCAAUAUCAAGAUUCGAACCCGGGUCUCUUCAGACAAAGAUAGCAAUCAUAACCAAUUAUACUAAAUGUAUUUGUUGUUCCUUUUUUAAUACAAAACAUACAUGUAUUUAAACUGUGAAAAGCAGAGAACUUUUCCAUCAUGAUUAACAAGUGCACUAAGUCUACUAUAUGUAUUUUCAUGGUGCUUAAUACUUCAAUUUUCAUAGUACAGUUUCAUUUAAUUUUAUCAAUUUUAGAAUUCAUGCUCUCUCUUUUAUUUUCGCUAAAGGUAAAUUGGUAAUUGGCUAACAUGGAAGAAACUAUUUCCUUUACUAUGUGUUGUGUCCUUGCAUUUUUCAAUAUAAUUUAAAUUUUGUGCCUUUUUUAUCUUUGUUCUUAUCUCUUUCUAAUUUUCUCCGAAAUUCCCUCCAUCGUGCAAUAGUUUGCGUGCUUUCACUUCCCAGUAUAAGGAGCAUUUGAAAAUCAACAUCCCUGUAUCUUUUGGCACUGCAGUUUUAUUCUUGGGGAUUUAAGCUGGGCAAAUAGAAGAUUUCAACUCUCAUAUCAAUCCAUGGCCAAUAGAAUGGAGUUCAAUCAAGUAGUUAUGGCAUGGCCUUGAUUAUCUCGCUCGAUUCCUCUGCACUGGCAUCACCCAAUGGUUCUGUCUCUCCCCGAUGUACUAUCAGAAGAACUAUUUUGCUGCUUCUAUUGUUGAAGGCAAUGUUUGAUCAGUUAUACCUUUCGCCUUUACUCCUCUUCCUAUACCAGGCAUUGACCUUUAAUAGGUUUUCGAUUUCCGAUCAAGGUUAAUCGCUUUACACAUGUAAGUUAUUCGUUUCUUCUCUAUGUCUCAUGGUUUUAUCUUUCUGAUUAAUAACAAAGCGACUUUUAUUUUCACGUUGUCUCAUGAGCACAACAUGCAUAAUAUCUAUUUAUUUUGAUCUUAUUGCCUGAAACGAUGUUUAAAGCUCGGGGGAUCUCCUGCGUGAUUUCUCCUCUUUCUGUUAUUAGGUUUCAACUUCAAUGUGUUUCUAUCUUCAUAUUAGGUUCAUCGAAUUGAACUGGCAGGCUAUUAUUUCCUUCCCGAUUUAUCUAAGUUUUUUGUUUAUGAAUGAUUUAUUAAAUAUAGAAAAUGAAUUUGAACGAUGGUUUGGGUACUAUAUUUGUUUGUAAGCAAAAGAGAUGUUUGUGUAGAACAUGGCAGUUGUACUUUGCUAGAGCCCUGUCCACUUUGUUGUGUGUUUCCUGUACUUUAUUUUUGUUCUUUGCUUAGCUAUUGAAAUAAUAAAAUAAGAUCAAAAUGAGAAAAAGGUUUCUUUUCAAUUACAAUAUUUCCGCUCAUAUUUGAUUUUGUGAUAACUAAUGUUCUCCGCAACCAUAAUUUUCCUCAUUAAUUUUUAUUCUUAUCUCACUAAUCAAAUUUUGAUAUUGUUUUAGAAUUAGUUAGAAAUUGAGAUUUCAUGCAACACUCUAGGAGUUUGAGGUGUUGAACUUGGAGUAGAAGAGUUAGGAUUGAGUUUGAAAAUGAGAGUGGUGGGGGGGAAGAAAAAUUCAACUGUAGCAUGUUAAGGCAUAGAAGAGGGAGUUACCGAGGGUAGUGAUCGAAUUGAGGAGGGUGUUGAAAGACGCGGAAGCAAAACUGGAGCAGUUAAAGAGAGAGAAGUGAGAGAUGAUGAGGAUAUUAAUAAAAAUGGAGAGGGUAUUGAAGGACAUGGAAGUGUACUGAAGCAUGUGAAGACAUACAAGGGGGGGGGGGGGGAAUGAGCUUAUUGAUGGAAUUGGAGAUGAGUUUUGGUUUUAGCGAACUUAUUACAACUGGACUUGAGGAAGAUGAGUUGGCAAAACACAGGAAGAGGAUUGAGGAGUUGAAGAGCGAGUUGACAAAAACCCUAAUUGGAAGAGAAAUUGAGGGUCGCAGAGAGAAGGUCCAUCAAAGUAGCAGAAAUGGAGUUGCAGAAGAAGGGUUAGAAAGUGAAUGUUUGGUUGAAACAUAUGCUUCUUGAGAUUGAAGAUAGAGUAGAUAAAAAUUUGGUCGUUCAAUGGAGAGUGGUCGCUAUUGGAUCAUUAGGUUUAUAGUUUUUGCAGCUACCACAACCUAUUUCUAUCUUAAAACGAGUAAUCAUUGAUUGAUUUAAUGAAGUAGGUUGAUUCUUUAUUCAACCUACUGGAACUGAUAGAUAAGGACUGUCUAAUUUUGCGUCAUAUUACUUUGAUCGAGUCUAUUAGUAUAUUGGAGGUAACCCAAUUUACUUUGAUCGUUUGCUCUCAAGUUUUGAUGGUCCACUCUAAGCCGAGUUGUUAGUAUAUAGUUGACUUGAACCUACAACUAUCCAUUUCUUUUUUAUUAGUGGCAUAUUGCCCCCAAAAUGAGAGCAUUGAACCAUUUACGUAGGAUUGUGAGGUUUUAGAUUCAGUUUCAAACUAUCUAUGGGUCGUGUGGGAAUUCCAGUGAGCUUUUAUACUCUAUCUUUCUUAACAAUCAACUAGCCAAUGACAUAUUAACUGGGCUUAAUUAUCAUUAUGAAAAUGAGAUCAAUCAUACAUUUUUAUGUUUUAUUUUCUCAAAUGAUGAUGAUAUUUCUCUGAAUGUUCGACCUAUAUAUUCUUUCUUUAUGUAUCAUCUCGAUCAAAAGAUUGCCAAUCAAAUUAAACAGGUUGAUAGACUUUAACGUAACAUAAAAAGUAUAAAAAAUAAAAUAUAAACAUUCCGGCCAACAGGCCGGAUUAUAAGCUAGUAAGAUAUAUAGCAAACUAUGAACCAAUUGUGACACAUGUUUAACCGUUCCUCAACCCACCACUAUGAACUUAUAGACGAGUUUUCAUUCCGUAUUGAAGACUUCCAAUUCUAUGUCAUUUAGUUACCUCUUUUGAAGCACUAGGACGGCGACGUCCCCUCCUUGCUUGCUUGGUCUAGCAAACACAACUAAAGAGCCGGCGUCUACAUUCGAGUUUGUGCAAGAGGGUAUUUCUCUUUUCCCCUAUUGAAAAGGUGAUUGAAAGCGAAAGAGAUAUGGUGAAAUGGAAAUGGAAAGGAAGGAAGGAUUGAAAACGAAAGGCCUAAUUGCUUUCGUCCUUUGUGGUGUCAUUAGCGAUAGAUAGGUAUGUUUGUACGUUUGGAUUUUGACGCCUUCUGUAGUUUCCCCCCGUCCGUAGUAGAUAUGGAAAUAUGUAUGUAGCAUGUCAUUUUCCCUAAUUAUUUUGUGGCAUAGGAACCCUACAAAUGAGUUGAAUGGGAGGAGUUACGGUGCUAAUUAUACAAUAGUUAGUACCCUCCUAACCAAGGGAAAAACUACUACUAGUUUGAAUUAGUAGUGAUUUAGCUUAGAUGUUGUAUUGAUUUUAUAAUAAUCCGUAGUGAUUUCGUUAUUUUUAGUAGUGUUGUAUUGAUUUUAUAAUAAUCCGUAGUGAUUUCGUUAUUUUUAAUAGCGUUUUUUGCUAGUUAUCACGGUGCUAACCCCUAUAAGGGUUAGCACCUAAUCACAUCCCGAGUUGAAUGAGUUACGGUACUUUAAUCUUAAGAUGUAAUAACUCUGAGUUUGAGAAACAUUCCAAUCUUAAGAGUCUUUCUAAGUUACUGAAUCUAGAUUCUCAAUCUCGCAAGUGCUCAUUUGUUAGCAUGAGUUCAAUUCGAUGUGUUGGGUUAUGAUUAAACGAGGGAGUGAUAUCUAAAAGACUAAAACUCAAGGGGCCCAUUUGGGUAGGUGACAAAUUAGGGGUAUGGGGGAGAAAUUGAUCGAUAUAUGGGUUUUCGGUGGUCAUAGCAUCAUGGUCCCUCUAAAUCUACCCUAUCUCGCACGUUUGACCUAUAUAUUACGGAUUCCAUAAAUGAAUGUAACCCAUUACAUCUCGAUCUAUCUAUAGUAGUUAGCUACAAAAUUAAAAUAGUGAAAAAGGAAAACAAGGGCCGAUAUGAGUAUAGCUAUUAAAGAAUAUGGACUACAACUAGUUACAUCAAUUAUUAGAAGAAUUUUACAAUACUUUAUAGUAUCGAUGUUUUAGUUUACAAAAAGAAAAUUUUAUGAUACAAACUGAAUUCGUAUCAUAAUAUAAAUGUACAAAUUUCUUUAUUGUAGAAAAUGUACUUGUACUUCUACGAUUAUUAUACACGUUAAGUUUGUAUCUCGAAAUACCAAAACACCGAUCAGGAUCCAAUAAUUAAGCUUGCAGCUCCUUCAAAUUCUAGUGUUUCUCCUUCAAUUUGUCGUGUGCAAGGACAUGGGCAAAGGUUGGAAUAUUAAACAGAAUAUUUAUGGACAACGUAUAACCCUCUUCGUACAUGCACCUAACCCAAGUUCCCAACACGAAACCACAUAUCAUUUGAUUGCCAAUGCCUAGAAUACCAAUUGCCAAAUCCAAAGUUCUCCAUGUUCAAAGAUUUCCCAACAUUUUUUCUUCACAUUAAAACACAAAGCAUGUCUCCCCACUCCAUAUGCCCAACAAAACUAGGUAUUGUUUGUUUUACCUAAGUUUGGAGACUCGGUUCAUAUGUUGACAUGUUGCAUAGAAUGAGAGAGUUUGAAGAGAUAACCAUAAAUUAUACGGUACGAUCGAUGAGAUUAUAUGUUCUUCACAGACUUUAGAGUCAUCUUUGUCUUUGUAUAAUACAAGAAUUUAGACUCUUCUCUUGAAUUUCGAUGUAAACUCAUAAGUUUUAUAAAAAAUGAAUUUAGUCCUGACUGAGUUAGAUAAUGUAUCAUUACCAUAUCCCUUCAAAAAGCAAAGAUAAAAACUAGAGUUACAAACGGAUCCCUAAUUCAUCAAUUUUAAAAACUUUCGAAAUUGGUCGUGAGAUUGUUAUUAAUAUAUUAUAGUAAAUCGAGGAAAUUGGCUUGACUGACCAUGGUAUCCUAUGUUUGGGAAUUGGGAUUAAAGAAGAGGAUGAGGAAAACGACAAAGCUACUAUUUUGGUUUUGGGGCAGAGAAAGAGAAGAACAGAACAAAGUAAACGCCGGGAGGAGAAAGAGAAGAGCAUCCAAUGCAAAGCAACGCGGAGAGCACGCCACGUCAACAUUAUUCCCGCGCCGGGAGAGACAGAGGGUCCACUACCGGCUUGACCGGACAAAGAUCCGACCGUCUCUGACACGUGCGAUGCGGCCGAAACGCCGACGCUAAGAACCCUCCUUCCUGGUUCCUCCGUCCUCCUUAACACGUGCGGCCGGAUCGGAGAGUCUUAUUUCGCCUGCGGCCGGAUGCAUUGAAUGACGGUACAUUUGGCCAUUUCUGAUGAUAAAUUGUCGUAUUGCUCUUUCUUCUCCCAUUUACGGUGAAGAAAACAUGCAAAACGACGGCGGCGCCUCUCCUCUCUUCUUUGUUCUGUCCUCCAACGCAAUGUUUGACCUAUCUGCCAAUGUGAAGGGGACAGCAAUCGAGUCUCUAUAAGACCUUGGAUUUCAGUGAUUAACAGGCAAGAUUGAAUAUUAGUUAUUAUGUUAAAAAUAAUUAAUUAACCAGAGAUUAUAUAUAAUUAUAAUUAGCUUGUUUGCUGGUUGUUAGGGGCAGAGGUAGAGGCAGUGAUGAGGCAAAGGGUACGUGGAACAGAUAGUUUUGUUUCCCCUCCGAAUCAAUCUUAAUCAGUCUGCGCCACAAAUUAAUUAAUAUCCUUUUGUUCUAAAUUCAUCGUUUAAACGUUUUAAUUACGUUUAAUCAAACUGCAUUAGCACCCUGAUCUUCACCAAAUGUUGAUUGAUCAGUACCACGAAGCUUCCUGAAUUAUAUUCAAAGAAUGUGACUAUUCGAAUAACACGAUGUUAUAAGAUUCACAACAUGCCAUGAUUAACUAAUUGUUAACUACUCCAAGUUGAUUGAACUAAUUAAUAGUAAUAUAUAUUUGUAGGGUUUGGUUCUGAGCAGUCUGAGUAAUCAGUUCGACAUUAACAUUAUCGAUCAACCGGUCCAACCACCAUGUUGCUAGACCGCAACACAUAUAACAAAUUCUUCUUCUGUCUCAAUCACGAAUCUUCAUGAACUAUAUAUGUUACAUAUGCAUGAUAGUACUAUUGGAAUAACACAAAUAUUACGAUGCACAACAUGCUCGAAUUAAUUAGUGAUAAUGAUAGCUUCGAGUGGAAUUGACGUCAUAGUACUUAUAUAAUUAUGAACAAUAGCAUCCACCACAUGGUCUGAUUUACGUCAAACGACAUUCUUGACGGCGAUAACUAAUUAAUUUCUUUUUUGUUUUAUAUAACCGGGAUAUCCAUCACCAUUCACCAUACAUGAGCGACAAAUCUUUUGACACGAGUGAUCGUGUAAAGUAGUAAAUGAAUGACCGUAAAGUUUCGAUACUGAAGAAGAGUCAAAUCUCUGAUUUAAAAUUUAGCGAGCAUGUCGAUCAACCACGAUAUAAUUCUCUUAUACGUUCAUGGUCGACGAGAUGUAACCAGAUAGAGACUACGAGAGAAAAACAGUCCCCUUUACAGAACCUAGACUGUUGAUAGAGAAACCCCAUUGCUGUAAUAUUUUUUGUGUGGCAGAUCAAUUAAUUAUAUGCACAUAGCAACAGCCAACAACAGCAGAAGAGAGCAGAGCCAUUCUUAUCUUUUAUCUCAAAGGACUUAGCUUGUAUGGAAGUGAUCAGUAAAUGGCGACGUGGAGGAAGUUUGUGAUACAUACUUGUCAAAAGAACAACGUAAGCAGCUGCAGGAGGAUCACUCUGUUGUGUUCUGUAUCUUUCGAGACCAAACCAAAACUACAUACAAUAAUGAAAACCUUAUAUUUAAGUUACAAUGUGUCCCCUCAGACAAGGACACUGUAUACCAAACGAAGAGUAAUGUUAGAUCGAUCGGAUUCCCUCCCGAUUUUACCUACCUGUUGCUUCAAUUUAAUGCAUGUGCUAGUUACUAGUUAGGUAUACCAAUUUACGGGGAAGGGACGAUGGAAUCUGCAGAGUGGUCGCCAACGCCAACUAUAUGUUUUUGAUUCAGUAUUCCUUCCCUAGGAGAGGGAAAGGUCGUCGGUCGAAUCGAAGACGACAUUGAUGGUUGAUAUUUAUGAUUAAGAGACUCGAGCUUAUCUUGGUUGGACAUUUCAACACAAGGCCUCUCUUGUCUUGGUAUUAUAACAGCUAGCCAUAGGGUAGCUACG